CUGCCAUGUCCUGCCUGACUUUGCCAUGCGCACUGCUUCGCAUUCAUCGUGUCAGGCUCCGCACUCCAUCGGCGCCUGAAGACCUGCGCUGCAAGAAAGGCAUCAAAGCUCCUGGCUGCGCGUCGUGGCAAUGCCAGGAUGUCAGACUCGGAUGUCACAGCCAGCAACGACGACCUCUUUGCAGGCCUCGCUCUCCUCACUGCUCCAGGGUGGCCACUGUCCACCUUCGCAUCAGAUUCUCUCUGUGUUUCAUCACCGUCCGGUUGCGACGUCGUGGUUGCAGCAUGUUGUGGCAUGUUUCGGGCUACGAGCUCACCGACUUUCAGCUGGUCCAGGCUCCGUGGCCCAGCACACGGCCAUCUGUGGUGAACCUCGUGCAGUUGGAUAUCACUUUGGCCAGGCAGUUGCAGCCAGGAGAGGCAGCACAUAUGACCAUUGUGGCGCCAACAAGUUCAAAGGCGGCGUGCCAGUUUUUGAAGUUGCAUCUUGUGGGGAAGUUCAUUCGUGUCACGAAGGAGUACCUGCAGAAGAAUCCUAUUAGCUAUACGUACUGAUCAUUCUCUUCGCUCUGCAGCAGAUCGUGGCUACGCGCCGCCAAAGCGAGGUCGAAAAACUUGGGGGUGAUAAGCUGACAAAAUGCUAAGGCGCAUCUCCUUAUUUGUUAAGGCAAAGGCACAAGAUGCAUUGUCUUGCGUGGCCGUUUCAUCAUAGAGUCUUGAGCUUGGCUUAGCAAGCAAAAGAGUUGAUUGCAGAUUUGUCCAAGCCACUUGUCAUUGGUCUCACGCCAGAGCUUUGGCCAG